AUGAAGUCUAUCGUCUGGCAGACGCCGGAUCCCAGCAAGUCGGCGGCUACAGAAUCGACAGCCAUCGUUUUUGCGACCUUCUCUCUACUCAUUGCAAUCAUCAUCUGCCCCUCGCUCUCAUGGCACGCCAGCAAUCGCAACGUCGGUGCAACGGUUCUCGUCGCGGCCACCAUUUACGCCAAUUUCCAGAACUUUCUCAACGCCGUCAUCUGGUCAAACGACAACGUUGAGGUGUGGUACAGCGGCGUUGGCCUCUGCGACCUUGAGAUCAGAAUUCAGAUCAUGCUCCAAAGCCUAUACCUUGCAGCCAUCAGCUGCAUCCUCCGCGCACUUGCGAGAGCUUUGGACACAGAUCGAGCGACCUGGAGUCAGACCAAAGCCCAGCGUCGACGUUCCUACGCUAUCGACUUGGUCUGCUGUCUUGGCAUCCCUUCCAUUCAGAUGAUCACGUUGUACAUUGUACAGCCAUUUCGGUACUGGAUUUAUGGAAUCUCUGGCUGCGUGGUACCAGGUGAUCUGAGCUGGCUGAGAGUAGUGCUCAUGCUUCUCCCUCCACUCCUUUGGACUUUGUUUUGUGUUUACCUGAGCAGUAAAGCAGUCCUCAUCCUGGUCCGUCUGCUCCGGUACCGAAUGAACUUCAACUCCGUCCUGCGCAAUGCGCAAACCACCAAAUCGCGCUUCUUUCGCCUCUACGCCCUCUGCAUACUCAGCAUUCUCGGUAAUUUGCCAAUUCAAAUCUGGCUCCUUGUUCUCAACAUCGGCGCCGGUGUCACAUCUUACAGCUGGGACGAUGUGCACAACCCAACCUUAUGGGAUUGGAACACAGCCGUCAAGAUGCCCGCCAACGGCACGAUCAUCUUUGAUCGCUACAUCUGGAUGGCUGGUGGUAUCCUCAUCUUCCUCCUUUUUGGCUUUGGUCGAGAUGCUGUCAAGAUGUAUCGUGAUGGACUUCUUGCUAUUGGUCUUGGUCGCAUCUUCCCUUCCCUACACCCUGAUCGCAAAAGCUCGAUCGUCGCAAGCGUGACAAGCAUGGGCAGCAAGGCCAAAAUGCUGUUUAGCAAUCGAAGCAGUGCAUCCACGUCACCAACUUUCAACAAGGGCUCAGUCUUGUCUACAAGCACGACGGACUCAGAAUACAGUCCGAGAAAAGCUACUUUCCUGGAGACCAUUCGUGAAGGCCACAGAGAGUCUCGGCAAACCACACUACCGAUGAACCAGCAGAGUACUAACGACAGCAAGGGCUGGAAGUACCUGCCAUCAUACUUUCGCAAGCCAUCGCCCUCCAAGCAGCCUUCGGCCAGUGAUGAUCACUUUAUUCUCACACAAGUCUCGGGAAAUCGCGAAGCAAGAAUCCAGUCGAACGUCACGGCAGAACCAGAGUCCCCGACGAUGACUUCUCACAUUCGCUCAUUCAGUCGUGGCGAAGCAGACGUCUUGGUGAGAAAGGAGAUCAGACAGGCAAGCGAGACGGAGACUACCUUGCCGAUGAAGGUGUAUCAUGGUGUUUGA